GUAUGUUCUGAGGCGAGAGAAACACUCACAACACUGAGUUCAGUAAAGAGCAGAGGAGGGCAGACUGGUAGACAAGGCAGCAGAAGGACUGGGGAUAGCCCGAAGAGAAAAGGUGAAAGCCAGGAGAGCCCUACAAAACAAACCACAACAGCAGGAAGAUGGAUGGACAAGUGGCACGGAGCUGCUGGCUGCUCCUCACACUCUCUCUGACAGGUGUUCUUGCUGGUAACUGGUCGGUUCAUCUCCCCUCCAGUCCCAUCUGUGCUGUGAUUGGUUCUUCGGUGAUUCUCCCUUGUUCCUAUGACUACCCUCAAAGUUCUAAUGAAACCAGGGGAGAGGGGAAGCUCUCUACUCAGGUUGGAGGAGGUGAAGAAGGACAACAGUACAAAGUUUUAUCUGAGAUGUGGUGUCUCGAAAACAGCCGCUGUAUCACCCCACGGUAUGUGUUCCACAGCGCUGGUAUUUUCCCAGAUCCAUCUUACCAGAACAGGGUGCAGUACCUGGGACAACCAGGAACAAAGAACUGUUCUCUGAAGAUUUCUAAUCUGAGACAGUCAGACAGUGGAAACUACGUGUUUUACCUCAUCACCAGCCAUCCAACACAGAAGCUGCCAGAGCAGAGAGGCAUACAGCUACUGGUGGCAGACUCUUCUGCUGCAGUCACAGCGUCAGUGAGUCCCUCCACUGGCAUCACUGAGCGUGUGGCCGUACGUCUGGCUUGCUGCAGCCCUUCAGCCACUCCGCAGGUCAGUUACAGAUGGUUCAGGAACACCAGCACUACCACAAGACAUAAUGGACAGGUGUGGAACAUCAGUGAAGUUACUUCUGAUGACUCUGGCAGCUACUACUGUCAGAUACAGACUGGAGAUAAAGUGCAGAGCUCAGCGAUGCUGGACAUUGAUGUAGAGUACGCUCCUCGAAAUACAAUUGUCUCAGUCUCUCCUGCUGGACAGCAACAAAGUGCGCUUCCUGUUACCCUGACCUGCAGCAGUGAUGCUAACCCUCCUGUCCACACGUACACCUGGUACCAUGGUGCAGCAUGUCUCCCUGCAACAGACAAAAGCUUCCAUCAAGCAAGACAAUCCCUGGCUUCACCCACAGGAAGAGGCUCCACGCUCAGCAGUGCCAACAUCACUGCUGAGGAAGACGGGAAGCACUGCUGCGUAGCACGCAACAGACAUGGAUCACAGACUUACACUGUAACACUUUCAAGUCCCGUUGCAAAGGCCUCAUCUGAGUCUACAAGAAGCAAAGCGGUGCUUAUUGGAGUUACCAUCGGUGUCCUGGUGCUUAUUCUAGCCGUGAUUGCCUUUCUUAUGACAAGGAGACAGAUGUCAUCCCAACACCAGUCGUAUGUCCUCACUUCCACAACUACCAUGGAGCCGUAAGGACUCAGCAAGACCAGGACUCACUGUGUACAAAGUCAUAUCUGCAACACCCUACAGCCAACAACAGCAGAAGACACUUUUUUUAUUAUAUUUAACAACCUCACGAUAAGCAGACUUUUUCUCCAGCACCCUCAUACACUCCUGUGCACUUACUUUCACACCUCAUGUUGCAGACACCUUCAAAUUAGUAUUGCAUCGCAUGCUGUGGCACAGUUCAUAUCUUUCUCGACCUCACGACUUAACACAGAGGAAAAACUACUUUCAAGACUCACUGCUGACAGUGAGCUCAGUUCACACAGUGAGAGAACCUGGAGAUCACACAGUGUGAUGGACAUUACGCUCCGACACAUUCCUCUGGAAACCUUCAUUCCUGGAUUUCAAAGCACCAAGCUGAACGAGAAUUAACUUGGACUUAGUAACGACUGAACCACAAGAAACAGUGUUGGAAUAUAUUUGAAUGUUAUAUUGUAUAUUAUAUUCUGUUGGCUCUCGGUUAUCUGAUCAUUUGUUCAAUGUGCAUUUGUACUGUGGGAUAAGCUAAAUGCUUCUGUCAGAAAUUAUAUUUAAUAUAAGAUAGACUGAAUUUUUUAUGCGGUUUUUGGUUGUAAUGUGAAAGUAACAGGUGUGAAUUUGAAUACUGCAUUCAUGGUUCAUUACAUCUGAACAUCCGGACUUCUUGUUGUUAUUUACUGUAUUCAGUGUCCAGGAACAGAAAACGGAAGCAGCUAUUAUUGAAAGUGUGUUAUUGAUUAUAAAGAGCAUGACAAAGAUUAUGAAAAACGCAGUCAUGACGACCCAAUUAAGAGCUGUUAGCGGUUCAGACUGGGUCACGCCUGUGUGGUUCUGAGUAAACUCUUCAGUGAGAUAAGGCACCAACAGAUCCUGACCAGAGCCUGUGGAGGGGGAGGAGGGUGAAAACCAGGAGGACAGUGACUCCGGACACCAGGGCGUCCACUUACAAAAUGUCCUGGGAUAUCAACUCUUCAUCUCGUUAGUCUAUUUUAGGCACAUAUUAAAGUGAGAACAGCUGAGUGUAGUGGUGUACACAUCUUCAUUUUUAAAAGCUAAUGAAGCAAACAAGAGAAGUGCUUCAUUUCCUAAAUAUUUAAAAGGGCAGUUUCAUAAAUGUGCUCAUCAGUUAAAGAGCUUUUGUUUAGUUACUGUUACUGUAUUUUUAACAUUUAUCUGAUGUUUUUAAUGAGAGCAGGUUAUUAGUGCUGCGCUAUCACAUACUAAGCUUCUGAUUGCAAAACUGUUGUAAGCUACAGCCAAUGUCAUGUGAGAUUUGUUCUAAAUGCAAUGUAUUUAGCAUGAAGAGUGAUACCAAGUUUUACAAACUGUAUGAAA